AUGGUCAGGCAAAAAACACCAGCACGUAAACCUUUUCGUACACCUCCAAUCACGAAUUUUUUCCCUCCGUCGCAAAAUAAUAAUACAAACUCGGAAUCCUCUGCUAAAAAACAUGAUAAUGAGAAUUAUCCAUACAACAGUACACCACCUUCAAAAAAAAGUACAAAGCGAAAAACCCCGAAAAGUCACAAUGCAACUGAAUCUCAAUAUAAAAGUUUUAAUGCAACUCCUGAUUCUCCACUUAAAAACCUCCAUGUUAAUAAUCAAAAUGAAACAAUUACAAUAAGUAGUGAUGAUGAUGAUGAUGUUUCGAAGAGCGUUCCUGACGUUAUUGAAUAUGAUGAAGUCGAUCAAAUGUUAUCGAAAUCAGAAAAAAGUUCUAAGAAUACAAAAAGCAACUUGCGACGAAGCACACGUUCUCGGCGUGUUAUUUUUCAAGAAGGAUUUGUUCCGACAGUUAACGCUGUUCCAACAAAGGGUGACAUUCCGAUAUAUGAUGAUUCAUUGUCUCCCUCUUCAAAAGAAAAUUAUCCUUUAAAACCAUCAUACCAAAAUUCGUUACCAGUACUUCUUCGAGAAAAAAAGAUAAGAGAUAAAGCAGGCUACAAUAUUAAUGACCUAGAAAAAUUGCUUGAGGAUGAUAUGUUAGAUGUACUUGAAGAUCCGUAUGACCAUUACGAUCGAUUAAAAAUAUCUGCUGCAAUAUUAAACGAAGAUGAAAAGUUUGAACAUCUGCAGCAGAUACUUGAAGAGACUGAUAAGUUUGAUCAAGGACAUCAAAUAGAAUUUUUCGGAACCUUAAAUUCUAAUCUGCAAAUUCCUAAUUUACAGACAGCAGUUCUAAAUAACGAUCCAACAUUUGAUUUAUUAUUAAAAGUGUAUUCUGAUAAAGAAAAUCUCAAAGAUAUACUUUGUAACAAUUGGAUUGCUCGUCAAUUUGAGAUUGGUUGGCAAUUACCAACUGAGGUCAUCAUUUGGCUUCUUCGUUUAGCAAGCUAUGGAGAAGACAAAAUAAUUUCAGAAGCAUCUUUUAACACAUUAAAAAAUAUUGCGGAAGUUAAAGGAAUUUAUAGUUCUAACCUGGAAAAUGAACCUAAUGACAUAAAUGUUUCUUUUAUGGAAAUAUACAAUAUAUUAACUACAUUGGGUGCAUCAAAUCAAAUGAUUAGUUCACGAUAUUGCCUGGAACAGAUUAUUAUGCAAAUUCCUCUAUUCGAAGCUCCUCCUAAAUUCUCUUAUAUCGAUAAUGUAAGACAAUUGUUGAAAAUACUUGUACCUAUGAUUUAUAACAGGUUAAUCACGUUUUCAAGUCCUGAAGAAAUAAGAUCUGCUGUCAUUGUUUUUCUUCGAUUGCCAUUAGAUAAACGACUUUUGUCAUUAUCCAGCGAAAUUGAACAGCUAUUAGAUUUGCUUUUAGAGAUGUUUGAAGAAGACCAAUGGAAAGAACAAACCAAGCUGAUAUGUGAUGAUGUUGAAUUUUCAUGCGGCUCAAUAACGCAAUUCAAAGCGUCCAUAUUAGAGAAUUUACCGAUUUCUAAUCGCGGACGUUUAUUAAGACGUUUUUUAGCAUUUCGAUUCUUGUUUGGUCUCAAGUCAACGUUUUCCAUACUUGAUGUAAUAGAACCUGAGAUUAUCAAUUCUCUUCCGGAUCUUUUCCGGGAUAGUCUGACCGUUUUUAAAAUUAGAGACGAAACUAAUUACACUGAUUUAUAUAAUUAUGUUUUAUUUCUUGAUUAUGCUUUAGACGAUGAAUCACAGUUGAGAAAUGCGAAGGAUACAAUCGAAGAAAUUGUCAACAAGUUAACCCAUUUACAUGGAAGAAUAGUGGACAUGCGAGCCGCAUUCAUGGAACGAACAAAGGCUAAAGACUUGAUUCAAAGACUUUAUAUGCGGCUUUAUUACGUAACCAGUCAUCGACGCGGGAAAGUUCAAACGAGUAUACUUUCUUAUAAGAAUAAUCAAAUGGACGUGGACAAAGAGGAAAACCGAUAG